AAAUUCGGUCGUGGAGAUACGCGUGUCUAAACGAAUCCGCUAGUUGGCGCUGCUCGUUAUGUCUGUUGUGACGAGCGGGGUCAGAGUUGAAUGUUUGACAGGGAGAGCCAUGGAUGCCAUAUUUCACGAGAAACAAGAGGGCUCUCUCUGUGCCCAGCACUGCCUCAACAACUUGCUGCAGGGUGAGUACUUCACCCCCGUGGAUCUCUCCUCUAUUGCACAUCAGCUGGACGAAGAGGAGAGGAUGAGGAUGGCAGAGGGAGGAAUGGGUAGUGAUGAGUACAGGACCUUUUUACAGCAACCAUCUGGUAACAUGGAUGACAGUGGGUUCUUUUCAAUACAAGUUAUUAGCAAUGCUCUUAGAGUUUUGGGACUGGACCUUAUCCUCUUCAACAGCCGGGAAUACCAGAGCCUGAUGAUAAAUCCCAUAAAUGAAAAAGCCUUUAUAUGCAAUUACAAGGAGCACUGGUUUACUAUUCGAAAACUCGGACAACAGUGGUUUAACUUGAAUUCCCUUUUGACUGGACCAGAGUUGAUCUCGGACACAUAUUUAGCCCUUUUUCUUGCACAGCUGCAGCAAGAAGGUUAUUCCAUAUUUGUGGUCCGAGGAAAUCUCCCAGAAUGUGAGGCAGAGCAGAUUCUUGGGAUCAUGAGAGUGCAACAACAGCAACGGCCAAAACUUAUUGGCGAGGCCCAAGCUCAGAUGAGCGCACGCGGGUCGGCAACACUGGGCCAGACGGACAUGAACGUUGGUGUGGAGAGUGAAGUUGUGGAUGAAGAUGAGGAGUUAAGGACAGCUCUCGCACUCAGCAGACAAAACAUUGACGUAGAAGAUGAGGAAGCGGAUCUCCGCAGAGCCAUUCAGCUCAGCAUGCAAGGGGCUACUUCAGAUUCUGGUGGUGGACAUGCGAGAGUGGACAGCAGGCCUGCAGAAGAACUACGAGUCCACAAUGAGACACUCACAGCUGAUGAGCUGAGGAUGAGGCGGCAGGCCUACUUUGACCAGCAACAGCCCACUCGCCAGUCGAACAUUCCUCAACAAGCUAGCACAACAUCAAUAGAGAACAGCUGCACGGAAGCGGACCAACAACAAAAGCCUAGUCUGUGACAGUGGAUAACAACAUCUGCUUUUGUUGAAAAGCUGCCUGGGCCUGUAACCCCUCCCAAUUCAGGGGUCGCUUUGCUCCUUCCGCUGGUCUACCUUUUAACGCCUUUUGCGAACAUGUGAACAUUGAGGAGACGGAUCCGUGUUUGCCUGUCGUUUUGUUGGCGGGCAUGAGGAAGCAAGAGGAAAAAGGCCGCUGACGAUCUGGUGUUGCUUCCACUAAGACUACAAAGAAGCUGAACUGAUGAUGCAGUGAAACAAGUUUGCCUUUUUUUUUUUUUUUUUUUUUUUUUUUUUUUUAAAAACCAUGGCGCCUUCUAUUUCUACUGUAUGUUAUUUCCUAAUGUUUUCUCUGCAAGAGAUAGAUAUAGGAAUUGUUGUAUUCAAAAUGUUGUUUAUGGUGAAAGGUGAAUUCAUAGCGCUUGUCCACUGUCAAGUUGUACAAGUACUCCUGCGUUUUGUGUCGGGCCACGCCAGUCUAUUGUUUAACUCAUUUAUUGUGGGUACCAGGAAACAACAAAAACUUUUUUUUUUUUUUUUCUUGCAUAACAUGAUGCAUCAUUGUACUUUUGAGUUGAUAAGGUAAACGAGCAACACUUUUUUGUUGCUGUGCCUUGCUUACUGUUGAUUAGGAAUCAGUAACUCAUAUCAUUGUACAAUGUAGAGUCAAUCUAUUUUGGAUCGAGAAAACAUUAACUGUGGAGUCACUUUUGAAAUGAUGCAUAAUAAUUUCCCGUUAGUCAACGACAACAUGUACAUACAGUACUUAAAAAGGGAUAAUGUAAUCUGCAUGUGAUAAAUGAAUCGUCAUUAUUCCAUCAGGACUCGUAACAUUCUCAGAAUCUGGGGUGAUGAACGGAGGAUUUCUAUUUUGACACGUCCCCUUUAAAACGGUUUGCUGUUUAUUUGCACUGCGUUUAAAAAUGAUGUGUUUCUGCCACUGUUUGAUUAAUGGCCUUCCAAAUUUAAUAGCCAAGUUUUGUAAAAUGAAUCCAAAGAACACAUUAUAGCAUUAACCAUCAUUGUAUUAUGGUUUAUUGUUCACAUUUCCAGCAAUGCUUAAUUAAAUGUUUUUUUCAUGUGGAAUUUGAAAUAAUGUGCAGUGUGACCUCAGGGGAGAUUCCAUCUCUGCUGUCAUUUUUGCCCCCUUUUUUGCUUGAUUUAAAAUGUACAGGUAAGCAUGCAAAUGCUGGAUUAAGCACUAGUUUGACUUGCUAGCACUAACUCAUCAUUUUGUCAUGUUUUUAUUCCAUAAUGCUCACAUUCUGGUGUUGUUUCAGGAUUAAAGAAACAUUUACCAGGC